AUGGAUCAAUUUGCAGAAGAAAACGUCCGAUCAAGAUUUAACAUCGGUCCCAAUCAACAACUUGCCGACUUUCACUUUCGUGAGACUCGAUCUGACAUUCAAUCCUCUGUCAUCCUUCUUAGUCAGAGGGUAAAACGGCAGUAUAUGAGUGAAUUUGUGCUGCCCGAUGAUACGAGGAUCGCCGUUAGGCGGGUAGAGUCUUCAAUGCCGGCCGAUCACAAGCAAGUAGUGACCGUAAGCCUGGCUGUGAGGCAUCCUUUUGACUCCGUCUUGCCGCAGUUCGUGACUACCCCAACUGGUGAAAUUGAUGUCUGGAAGUCAGAAUGUGGUUCAACUACUACUCUAGAAACCUUGGGAGAGGCAACUACCGACAGUGGAGAUGAGGUCACUUUGGAGAAGCUCUCCGAAAAAGGGAAUCUGCGCAUUUUGGACUACCUGGACGAUGACGCGUGGGCGGCAACGCUUUUGGAGUGGGACUCGGGUGCCAACGGUGAAUUGCUCAGACAGCUAGAAGCUGGUUGUCGUCUUGAUCCUGACUCUUUCAGAAUGGAGCGUCUACAGCGUCGAAGGAACUGGAAGACAGUGGUUGAUAUUCAGCAGGAACCACAGACUCGCAGCCUAGGCUUCAGCAGAAAUGGCAGUGAAUCAGGGUCAUUAAACACCAGCACAACCACCCUGGAGUGA